CCGUGCAUAUAAUUAACACGUUCUUUCUCCCGCAGGCUAAAGAGUAGGGAUGUUGGAAGUAACAUCAUGUCUACUGCUCUUCUGCUCCCUUGCCUCCAUGGUGGGGGGAUUCGCCCCCAGCAUUGACAUCCCCAAAACAACCACCGAACCCCCGCCCACAACCCCCGACCCUGCCACGUUGCCAUACUUCCUGCACCACGUCAACUCGACCAACGUGACCAUCGUGCGUGGCAACACUGCGACCCUCGACUGCCAAGUGUUCAGGCUGAGAGACCGCACGGUGUCUUGGGUGCGGCGUCGAGGAGACCGGAUUCUCCUGCUCACCUUUGGCUCCACAACUUACCACAGUGACAAGAGGUACACCCUCGACUUCGAAGCUCCGAACAACUGGAAACUCGUGAUCCAGGAGGCUGAGGAGCGCGACCAGGGACAUUACGAGUGCCAGGUGUCAUCUCAUCCUCCGAAGAUUCACAAGGUGUUCCUCAGUGUGUAUGUCCCACAGCUGGAGAUCAGAGACGCACGCGGAGAAACGGUCGCUGAGAAAUUCUACCAAGUCGGGUCAUCCAUUGACCUCACUUGCACCGGCUCCUUGGUCAGCCAGGAUCGCUUGGUGUGGCUGAGGGAAGACGGGUCAGCAGUGGUCAGCAGGAUCCACGAUGGGAUGAGCGUGGAGGCCACCCCAGGGCCCGAGGGAGAGCAGACGUCCCGCUUGAGGGUGGAGGAGGCAGCGACGUCACACUCCGGGAACUACACCUGCUCCUCCACGCACGCUCGGCCGGCGGUGCUGCGCGUGCACGUCCUGGCCGGAGAGAGCUCAGCUGCCAUGCAACAUUCAACAAGCAGAGCUGCUGAUCCUGCCAUUCGCAAGCACCUCCUCACGCCGCUGUGGGUUGUGCUGCUGCUCCUUGUCAUUCUUCCUUGACCUGUGACCUGGAUACGUGACCUUUCCCCCGCCCUGAGCCGCGCAACAUUAGCUUCAAAAACAUGAAUUGUCUGUAUGUUGUGUGUGUCAAUGUGCUGACUCGUUUCAUA